UGGGCUCUUCGCCCCUCCUUCCUCACAUGGGUUUCUGUAAAAGGCCUCCCCCGAACCUUCUGUUUCUAUUCAACGAAGGCUGCAAUGGUUUUGCAUCUUUACUCGAGAAGCUGCGCCGAAUACGGCCGUGCGCACUUGGGAAGCAACUUCCACAGGAUCGCGCCUCCUUCGCUUCGGCGGCGACAGAGGGCGCGUGGUGGGAGGGACGGAAGCGGGCGUACGAGAGACCCAGGAGGAACCCGCGGCCCUGCCCUCGCCGCUGCUCCGCCUCCUCCUCAAGUCAGGAAGCCGGAAGCGGGCGGAGAGCGGUCGGGCCACGAACGAGGAUAACUCUUUGGCGGGCCGCAAGCGGGAGCUGGAAAGGGCGAGGAAGGUGUCCCUCCCGCGCUCGUCGCCCGGGGGGUGGUGGUCGGGAGCAGGUAUCGCGCAGGUCCCAGAAGAGAAGAAAAAGGGUUGGAUUCUACCAAAUGCUUUUUAGAAACUGGAGAAUACAAGUUUCCUUUCUCAGCUGAAAGAAGAAUUGUCUAAUCAAGACCAAACAUGCAGAGCACUUCCAAUUAUCUCUGGCUUUUAUCAGACAUCCUAGGACAAGGAGCUACUGCAAAUGUUUUCCGUGGAAGACACAAGAAAACUGGAGACCUGUAUGCUGUCAAAGUAUUUAAUAACUUCAGUUUCCUUAGGCCUGUUGAUGUUCAAAUGAGAGAGUUUGAAGUAUUAAAGAAACUGAAUCACAAGAACAUUGUCAAAUUAUUUGCCAUUGAAGAAGAGACAACUACUCGACAUAAAGUCCUCGUUAUGGAAUUUUGUCCUUGUGGCAGUUUAUAUACAGUUUUAGAAGAACCAUCUAAUGCCUAUGGGUUGCCAGAAGCUGAAUUCUUAAUUGUGUUGAGAGAUGUUGUGGCAGGAAUGAACCAUCUUCGGGAAAAUGGAAUAGUGCACCGUGACAUCAAACCAGGCAAUAUAAUGCGAGUUAUAGGGGAAGAUGGCCAGUCUGUUUAUAAAUUGACAGAUUUUGGGGCAGCUAGAGAACUGGAUGACGAUGAGCAGUUUGUCUCUCUCUAUGGCACAGGAGAUCAUCCUGAUAUGUAUGAACGAGCAGUAUUGAGGAAAGAACAUCAAAAGAAAUAUGGUGCAAGAGUUGACUUAUGGAGCAUAGGUGUGACAUUUUAUCAUGCUGCAACUGGAAGUUUGCCCUUCCGGCCUUUUGAAGGGCCUCGCAGAAACAAGGAAGUGAUGUAUAAAAUUAUAACUGGAAAACCUUCUGGUGCAAUAUCUGGAGUACAAAAAGCAGAAAAUGGCCCCAUUGAAUGGAGUCGUGAUAUGCCUGUUUCCUGCAGUCUUUCUAAGGGCCUGCAAGUACUCCUCACCCCUGUCCUGGCAAAUAUUCUUGAAGCUGAUCAAGAGAAAUGCUGGGGUUUUGAUCAGUUUUUUGCAGAGACGAGCGAUAUACUGCAUCGGAUAAUCAUACAUGUCUUCUCUCUGCAACAGAUGACUGCACACAAAAUUUAUAUUAACAUGCACAAUAAUGCUGGCAUGUUUCAUGAAUUAGUCUACAAACAGACAAAAAUACCUGCACACAAUCAAGAACUGAUAUACGAAGGCCGGCAUUUAGUGCUAGAGCCCACCAGAUUGGCACAAGCUUUCCCCAGAACUACAGAAGAAAACCCCAUAAUUGUAGUAAGCAGGGAGCCUCUAAACAUCGUAGGAUUACUCUAUGAAGAAAUUCUGCUUCCCAAGGUCCAUCAGCGGUAUGAUUUGGAUAGUGACGCAAGUAUGGCUAAAGCUGUGACAGGCGUUGUAUGUUAUGCCUGCAGAGUUGCUCGUGCUUUACUGCUUUACCAAGAACUCAUGAGAAAAGGAACCAGAUGGUUAAUUGAAAUUAUCAAGGAAGAUUAUAAUGAAACAUUUCACAAAAAGACGGUGGUUGUUAUCAAGCUGGAAUUUUGUAACAGAAAUAUAGAAAAAGCUGGGAAGAUAACAGUAAUUGACUCAUUGGCUGAAAUCCUGUUGCACACUACAGAGGCUGGCAAGAUUUCAGGACUGUAACAUGUUAGGUUGCUCAUAGUUUCUAGUUCUCAGGGAACAAUAGAGACUAGCCUUCAGGACAUCAAAAGCAAACUCUCUCCUAGUGGCUUGCUAUCUGAUGGCUGGACUAGUCAAGAAGGCACACAUCCCAAAGACAGAAACCCAGAAAGGUUACAAGUACUACUGAGUUCUAUAACAGACAUUUAUUAUCAGUUCAAAAAAGACAAAGCAGAACGACGACUUCCUUACAAUGAGGAACAAAUUCACAAAUUUGACAAGCAGAAGCUUAUUGUCCAUGCCACAAAAGCUAUGACACUAUUCAAGGAAGAAUGUGUUAAGAAAUAUGAAACGUUCUUGAACAAGGCAGAUGAUUGGAUGAGGAAGAUGCUCCAUUUAAGGAAACAGUUACUGACUCUCCGAAAUCUGUGCUUUGAUAUUGAGGAAGAAGUUUCCAAAUACCAGGACUAUGUAUAUGAGUUACAAGAAACUUUGCCUCACAAGAUGUUUGCAGCUUCCACUGGAAUAAAACAUGCAGUUAAUCCUGUGUAUCCAAGUUCAAACACUUUGGUAGAAAUGACCCUUGGUAUGAAAAAACUGAAAGAAGAAAUGGAGGGUGUUGUCAAAGAAUUAGUAGAGAAUAACCACCUUUUGGAAAGGUUUGGUGCUUUAACUAUGGAUGGUGGCCCACGAAAUGUCGAUUGUAUCUAGUUUCCACAUCUGCCAGGAUGCAGUCUGUUGGCCUUGCACACAAAGGGCAUUUAUAGACAGAAAGAGUAUUCUGCACUUGGCUUUUCUUUCAAUAUGUAAUAGACGUGUGUAAAUAUUUAUAUACUGUAAAUAUAGAAAGUCUCUUUCUUUUGGUAAUGUUAAAAGUGUUCUUAACAUUUAAAGAACAUGAAAAUUGUCUAUAUAAAACAAUUAUGGCUGCAUAUUGUGGUGAGCACACUGUUAUGAUGCAUUUACUUCAAAUGCUGUUUGUUUUUAUGUGAAUAUUGCUGGAGAAAUUGUUGCCCUGAAUUUCCCUGCUGUUCAAAAAUUAGGCUUCCUCUUAAGUCACUUGAAUGCUGAAUAUCUUGUGUAUGAUAAUCUGGAAUUAUCUCAGCUUCCUUUAAUUGUGAACAAAUAUCUGUUGCCAAAAAUCAAAAACAUACUUCUAAACAUGAGUUUUUAAAUUUUGAAUGUGCAGAAUAUGCUGUUAGAUUUUUAAUCAUGUCCAUUUUUUGGUAUCACUGUAUGUUACCAAAAGUGCAAUUUGCCUUUAUGAAGCAAAUAUAAAUUUAGCCUUCCAUUUGCUUAUCACAGGUAAAGUAAAAAAGCUACAACAUCUUGUAAGUAUUUUCUUUGGUAGUAUACAGUGGCUGAAAUCCUGUUACACAAAUGGUAUAACUUUUGGAAGUGAAUUGCUUUCAGGCAUCUCCAUAGACAUUACCCAUUGCACAUUGAGUCACACAAUUCAGUAUACAACAGAUAAUGACUCAAAUUCUGAAGUUUUGGAAUCAAAUUGCCAUAGAUUUUAUUUGUUGCAUACUGAGUCAUAUGAUUUGAUGUGCAACAGAAAAAAUACACAGACAUUUCUUAACUUAUGACAAGUCACCUCUAAAACUUGCACUGUUUGUAAAACUGUGCAGUAGGAAUUCCAGUAUAUUCCAAAUUCAGUGAAUCUUAAUCUUUGUUGGUAAAAAAUUUUAAAAUAUCCUUUUAAAAACAUUAACUUUUGUUGAGACAUGCAUAUUCAUAUUAAACACUAAGCAAAGACCGUAACUGGUUUCUGUCUUCCAUAAAUUCUAAGAAAGUAGUAGAAAUGUGUUUCUGUUUCAAAUUUAAAUAGAGUGGACCACCAUUCCAUGUUAAAUAAAACAUAAAUAUAGACGCUUGUACACAUGUGUUACUGUUACACAUAGAUGGUUGGACCCAGAUGCAGCCAUGCUUAGGAUAGACUCUUUGAUUUUAGUGUCUGCUCUAAAGAUGAAUAAGUGUGGAGUCAAGCUAUAGUAAACAUUCAUCCUUUAUUUUCAGUACUUUAUACGUACUUACAGAAUAAAACAGGUUGUCACUUUACUAACUUUGAUGGAACUUACUUUCCUAUGUGUCAGAAAAAUAAGACCCUAACUCUCCGAUGGUUUAUUCUGUACCAGACCUGAAAGGAAACAAUUGAUUUCACUCUCUUCUAGAAUUUAGGAGCCAGGGGCUUUCAACCAUGUAUUCCAGUUCCUUCCAGUCGGAUUUGUAUACAUUAGAUUCCCAAUGGAUAACAUCUCUUUGCCUCUUCCUUUUUGACAUGCAAAACCAAAUAUUCUGAAUCUUACACAGAAAUACACUGUAAUCUCAAGAAACAGUGGAAGACUCUUAUAGACCUAGUGUUCUUUAUGUUUUCAGUUAGUAAUGGUGUUUUCUGGUUACUCCAUCCUGAAUAAUUUGAGAAGAACAGAAGUGUAGUUAAGGUUCUUUGUUUGUUGCUGUUUUUUCCACAGCCCAGUCCAUUAGAAAGAGCACACACAAAUAGCAAGUGAUUUCUUAUGUCCUGCACAGAGGUGUUUAAAUUCCAUUAUAAAAUGGAAUUUAAAGGAGUUGUAGGAGCAAUUCUUGGUUUAGAAGGAUCACUCAAAUUGUAGGUAGUAAUCUAUGAAAUAUUGCUGCCUUAUAUAUAAAUGCCUACUUGGAAAUAUUGAGAGUAUAUUUCUGUAAUGCACUUAUUUUGUGGAAUCAUUUUAUACUCUUUAUUUCACAGAAUCAUCAAUUUGCUUAUCUGUAUUUGUUCAAUAUUAUUGAAUGGGGGUGAGGAAUAGAAUAAUAGAUUUUAUUUUCUUUAUACUAAGCCAGUUUCAAUGAACAGUGUAAAAGUAUUAGCAAUUACUACUGUAAUGCUGUAAUGCCAUAAAAGCUUGCUUUUUACUAUUUUUAAUAUUUUGCACUGUUAUUUUAAUAUUGAUUUGUGGGAGAACCCUAGUUUUUAGAGAAUGAAUUUCAGCCAUGCCUGUGAGACUUGUUAAAAUUCUUUAAGUGUAUUACAAUUAGGCAGAAUUAAAAAAUAAAUCUUU